AUCAGAGAAGAUCCGGCCUGUCGAUUCCAAAUCAACGGUUGAUAUCGCUUCCGACCUUUGAACCUCGCUCGCAAGUCAUAUCCCCCAGCGGCUUCAAACCCUCCUCUAUAGCCCGCCCCUCCUCCCUCCCCACCUCACCCUUCGUUUCCUGCGAUUUAUCUGCGCGAUGGCCAAAGGGAGGAGAGAGCGGCGGAUUCUGGUCGUCACCGGAGCAGCUGCCUUCGUCGCCGUCGGUCUAAAACUCCUCGUCUCCGCCAUCAAAGCCCACAGACAAAGGAGAAGGAAGAUGCCAGAUGUUCCUGGGUCAAGGGUACUUGUCAACCUAUCUGCUUCAGAAAUUCAAAGGUUAACUGAUCAGAUCAUUGCUAAAUCAAAAGAAGUAUAUGAUUUGGUUGCAUCAGUUCCCCUUGAGAAAGUCUCUUACACGAAUGUUAUCGCCCCUUUGGCAGAACUAGAAGCUCAUCAAUUUUCAUCAGUUCAAUCUUGUGUCUUUCCAAAAAUGGUUUCUACUUCAAAUGAUAUUCGCAAAGCAAGUGCAGAAGCAGAAAGUCGAUUGAACUUACACUUUUUAACAUGCAGAAAGCGUGAGGAUGUAUAUCGUGUCACUAAGGCUUUUGCUGAUAGAGGAGAAUGGCUAGGCUAUGAAGCAAAACGAUACACCCAAUGCUUGGUUAAAGAGUUCGAGCGGAAUGGUGUUAAUCUCACUCCAAGCAAGAAAAAAGAAUUGGAGAAUUUGGGAGCACGAAUAGAAGAACUAAGUUUGCAAUACGCCCAAAAUCUUAGUAUGGAUAACAGUUUUCUUCUUUUGGGCGAGUCAGAGCUAGCAGGAAUGCCUCUUCAAUUCAUCAAGAGCUUAGAGAAGACCGAAGAUGGUAAACUGAAAGUUUUCUUGAGAAGUCAUAAUGUUACUCCGAUACUUGAGCAUUGUAAGAUAAGGGCUACACGAAAGUCAAUUGCUGUAGCUUAUGGCCAGAGGUGUGGAAAAGAAAAUCUUGAUAUCUUAGAAAAUUUGGUCCAGAUACGCCAUAAAUAUGCUCAGUUGCUUGGUUAUUCUAACUAUGCUGAAUUCACUCUUGAAUCUAGAAUGGCCAGGACAUCUGAAAAGGUUUUUGAAUUUUUGGAAGAUAUCUCAGAGAAUUUAAGUGAUUUGGCAAUGGAAGAACUUAAUGUGCUCAAGGAUCUCAAGAGAAGGGAGGAUGGGGAUUCACCUUUUGGAAUGGAAGAUUUAUUGUACUACAUGAGAAGGGCCGAGGAACAGCAUCUUGAUCUUGACCUUGGAGAAGUUAAACAAUACUUUCCUGUCAACUUGGUUAUGUCUGGCAUUUUUAAGAUAUUUCAAGAUCUGUUCGGUAUAAGAAUUGAGGAAAAUAAAGAUGUUGAGGUUUGGCAUGAAACUGUGUGCCUCUUCUCUGUUACUGAUGUCAGCUCUAAUGAGCUUUUGGGUUACUUUUACCUUGACAUUCAUUCCAGAGAAGGAAAAUAUGCCCAUACUUGUGUUUUGGCCCUUCAAAAUGGUAACUUAUCAUCUAAUGGCACCCGUCAGAUUCCAGUUGCGCUACUGCUUUCUCAAUGUCCAAAACAAAUAGAUGAUAAUCCUGUGCUAUUGCGGUUCUCAGAAGUUGUUACUUUCUUCCAUGAAUUCACCCAUGUGGUCCAUCAUAUAUGCAUUCGUGCAACAUUUUCCAGGUUUUCUGGACUACGAUUAGAUGCUGACUUUAUUGAAGUUCCUAGUAAGCUUCUUGAGAACUGGUGUUAUGAGAGCAUCUCGUUGAAAAUUAUGUCUGGUUACUACCAGUGGUAUAUAUCAGGGCAAUUGUGGACCAAGAUCAGGGUGGUUGGAUAUGUUGGUUUCAGGUGAUAUGCUGUGAAAUGGUUCAUUAUCUUUAGAUUGACUGAUUUUCACUGAAUUCAGUCAAACCUAAUGGAAAACCUACUUCAAGAGUUUCAAGUCUUGAAAGCCCUAAAACUGGUAACAUCAAUCCUCUUUCUCCUCUUCCGCUUUCCUCAUUCUGUGACCGCCCAUCAUUCAGCUCACCAUGGGUACCUCCUGUUUCAGCUUUCACUCCUAUACAUCUCAAUCAAUGUAUUCAUAGUUGCAGCUUCAAUGAGUCCUCAACUUUGAAACUGAAAGAAGGUGUUUUCUUAUAAAUUAAUGAUCCUUGAAUUAUAAGGCCAAUUUCAUUUUAGAUACAUUAAUUUGAAUGAAUUUAGUCCACUUACUUUAACGAUAGUUGCAAUAAGUUGUGUCAUCAGCUUCCAUGACAGACUUAAUGGAACCUCUGUAACAAAUAUUGAGGAAUGCUGAAGUGUAUGACCUGUCAACCCUGAGAGCAGGAGGAUGUUCCAGUAGCAUUUCCUCUCCAUAUUGUUUGACCAUCAGUAUUAUCCACUAUUCUCUAUUGGGCAUCCCUGUAUUCUUCUCACUCUCUCAUAGGUGUCUCUAAGCCUAGAGGUAACUUAUCCUCCCUCUUCUGGCUAUAGAUUGGGCCCACACUUGAGAUGUGACUCAAGUUCGGCAUUAUCUAAAAGAGGGUAAGGCUCCUCUCCUUGUUCCAAUCUUCUUGAAUGAUGGCAGUUUCCAGCUUUGAAGAAUAGAGUAGGGAGAAGAUGAUCUGCAACUUCUCCCUUCUUUCCCUUCUCUGCAAUGAGGACAGUGACUUGUGUCUUGAAAGAUGAGGUGGCAGCGGCGGCGGCCGCUGGAGAGGAGGGGGAGGUGUGAGGAGGUGAUCUUCAUUUUUUUCUUUUCCUUCCUAGGAUUUGAUGUGGCAUUAAAAUCUCUCUGGCCCAUAGUUCAUUUGGUGAAUCCAGAUAAGUAUUCCUUUUGACAGAAGUUGACCAUAGGACUUGAUUUGCAGUAUCACAGUACAGGUUCCAAAUUAAUAAAAGUUGAAGUUUAGAACCAAAAUGUGACUGACCCAUUAAUUUAAAAACUAUUUAUGUACUUACCUUUCUACUUUUUAGUUAAGUUUUUCUAUUUUUCCACCUUUUGGUUCCAGCCAUUGUGCUGGUACUGCUUGCACUGUCUUUGCAACCCGUUGGCAAGGAUUCAUAUACUGAAAGCAAUGGUGUUACCAACAUACAACUGGUCUCAAUGGUAGUUGGUGUAGGAUGUGGUGCCAAAAUGUUAAUGCUUUAUAACCACACAUUUUUUUUUCUACAAGCAAGUUAGGAUAUAAGCCGAAAGCAAUGGAUGCAAGCAUUUUUAUUUAGUGUACAGCUUGAUUAUAGUCAUCUCUGAUGUUAUCAUGUUACAUGAAAGAACAUCUAGAAAAUUAACAAACCUAAGCUUAUUUGAAAAAUAUCCCCACUCAUGUUUCUACCAACAUACUGUCUCUAGGGUUUUCACCAGUGAUGCAGCAAUACGUGCAUUUACUGUCCAGCCUUAUCAUAUGUUUCCAUGUAUGAAAUCUUUGUUACACUUAUUAAAUACUAUGUGACAGGCAAGUUUGAAAAUAAUCUUGUGGAAAUAGCAAUAUCAUAGUGGUGAUCGUUUUAUUCUUUAAUCCAACAUGAAAUGCAUAAAAGAAAUCUAAUACUUUAAUUUCUGCAUUAUUAUAUUGUCCAUGUGGUAAUUCUUGGCAGUAAUAUGUGAAG